GUUCAUUUUAUUAUCCCGGAUAAAUUAAAUGGACUGAUUGUUGUUAACAUUUAAACUCUAUUAAAUUCUCUUUAAUAUCAGUCAAUAAUUCAGAAAAUGUUCGAAUUACAAGCUUUUACAGUUAAAUCAAUCUAUACAUUACCAACGAAAUGAUAAAACCAAGACUUAAAGUUAAUUAUUAUAGUAAACAAUUGAAUUAGUGUAUUGUACCACUAUCAAGCAGACUCUUCAUCCAACUUAUGUGUUAUUUUUUUGUACAAUAAAUUAGUAAAAAAGAAAUUUUAACAAACAAAUGAAAAAAUGAAUCAGCUUGCACACUGUCCUGGAAUUUAUUGUGGACGAGAAUUACUUCCAGACGGUAAUUGGACUGAUUGUGGAGCUUGUCCUCGGGGAUUUCGCACAAAUGUUUCAUCAGCUUGUGUACCAUGUGAAGAUGCUCCAACAUUUUACGACUGGUUAUAUUUAGGAUUUAUGGCAUUACUUGCCUUAGUUUUACAUUGGUUCUCAAUAGACAUGGUAGCAUUAAAAAGAAAUAUACCUAAAGAAGUAAUAGCAAUACAUUUAUCAGCACUAAUUGAGACUGUCAGUGCCUCAUUAAUUACGCUACAAUUAACAGAUCCUAUUGGAUCAUUUACAAUCAAGUCCUGUAGAACUAGAAGACUUUCUGACUGGUAUACUUUAUUUCAUAAUCCUUCUCCUAAUUAUGAGACUUCUCUCCACUGUACACAAGAAGCUGUGUAUCCAUUGUAUACAAUGGUUUUUGUAUUCUAUUCUUUGGGGGUUAUGAUAAUGUUACUUAUAAGACCAUGGGUUGUGAGAAAAUUUUUGCCUAAACAAGGGAAAUAUUCCAUCUACAAUGCCUUAUAUUUUUUCCCAAUUUUUGCAUUUUUACAUGCUAUUGGAGGAGGACUAAUCUAUUAUUCCUUUCCAUACAUAACAAUAAUUCUCUCCGUUUUAUCAAAUGCUGCCCACUUUGCAUUCAAAUUAAACCAGACUAUGAAAUCCUUGCUUCUCAGCUCUGUAUCCGAUAUAAAAAAUAUUACAAUAAUUCUUGGUCACUGGCUGUUACAUGGAUAUGGAAUUAUGGCAAUAGCAACUCUCAGAGGAAUAAGUAUUCAUCCAGCAAUGUUUUUACUGGUACCUUUACCUGCUCUAUUUUAUAUACUUACCGCAAGGUUUACUGAUCCUCAUAAACUUCAUAUAGAGUAAAUUAAAUUUAAAAAAAAUAGGUUAAUAAAUAUAUUUUGUUUCAUAAAAAAAUUUUAUAGAGCGUAAUUUAUGCUGUGAUUAAUGAUGAUUUUAUUUUAUAAUUUCAUCAAAUUUUUUUUGAGUAUAUUCAUGUAUCUUAUCAUUUAACACAAAAAAAAAUUUCAUGCUUAAAUAUAAAUAUUUUUUAUCGAGCACUUUAAGACUCUGGUACGAAUGUAAGAACUACUGUACUUUUUGGAGCCAUGGGAAUAUUAUCCGAUGAUAAUUUAGUCCUAAAACAUAAAUAAAUUAUGACAAUUAAUUUAUAACGUCUAUUUCAUAAUAAAUAAAAAGAAAUAUAAAUUUUUUACUGAA